AUGGUAGAAGAAAAUCCAACGAUGCCGCUUGACCCAAAGAAUCUGCUAGGUGGAGGAGGUGAUAAAUCCCUACCAAAGGCUUCGGGAAAGCCCGAAGGCAGACAUGGGAGGAAGGCGACAAGCAAGGGUAACCCCCUGACCGUCCAGGAUGGCUCCAAGAAUAGGGAGGGCAGGACGACCACGGAGUCCACACGGAGGAGUAAAUCCCGCCGUGAAAGGGAAUCAGUUGCACACUCAAGAAGAGUGCACAAUAGUAAAGACAUCCUUGACAAAAAGAGGCAGGAAAUCGAUGAGUUUGCUCGUUUGAUCAAGAAACGAGAGCACGGGAUUCGAGAGUUGGAACGGAUCCAAGAACAUCCUGAAGACUUUGGACUUUCACGAAGAAAUUCUAGGGGAGACAGACAUGCUAUGGUGAAAUGCAAGAAGGCUCCUUCACAAGACAGAAGGAGCAGAAGCAGAAGUAAAAGCCGAACUCCAGGAUGGCGAAAGACUUCUUCAAGAAAAAGAAGGAGAAGAAGCCAGAGUCUCACCCCUGAGGGAAAGACUAGAAAACACCACAGAGAUAGGUACGAGAGACCUGAUUCCGAUUGGGAAAAGAGCGCUCCCAAUAAAAUGAAGGAACGCGAGGGGGGACCAUGCCUGCACAAGAGGCAGCACGAAAGGCCCUCAACAAUAUAG